AUGGCGUUCAAAAUGGAAUCAAGUCAGCUGAAAAUAGCAGAAAAACUUGUCAUACUGAAUGAUCGAGCAGUUGGAAUGUUGACUAGGAUUUACAAUAUAAAGAAAGCAUGUGCAGACCCGAAGUCAAAGCCUGCUUUUCUCAGUGAUAAGCAUAUGGAAAGUGCCAUUAAACAUAUAGCACGUAAAUUCCCUGUGGUUGACUCCACAUUUCAUUAUGUCGACACAAUGAAAGAGGAUAUCAUCAAAUCUCUGUCUCUGGCUUUAUACUACUAUACAUUUGCUGAUUUAAUGGAUUUAAAGGAUAAUAUACUACAACUUCUGACAACUAUGGACGCUUGUCAGUGCCAACUUGAUAUUUCUUUGAAUUACGAAUUAACUGCGGGAUACCUCAACCUGGUUGUAAAUCUUAUUUGCCUGAUGAUCCUCCUCUCACGCGUAGAUGAUCGUAAAGUUGUUUUGGGGUUAUUCAAUGCUGCUUACGAUUUGACUCACGUGCAAAGCGAAGCAUCAUUUCCGCGAUUGGGUCAAAUGAUUCUGGAUUACGAACAUCCUCUGAAAAAGCUCAGUGAAGACCUUGGUCCCCUAAAUCGCUUAAUUUUAUCGGCGCUUUCUUCUCUGUCACCGGUCUAUCUUCGUCGGAACAUUACUGCGAACACUUGGAGGAAUGCCCAAAUUCUCUCUCUUACAGCCAAUCCCCAUCAAAUUUUAUAUGCAGCUCAAACGGAUACGAUUGCUUGCGAGUAUCUCUCACUCGAUGUCAUGGAUCGGUGGAUAGUCUUAUGUACUACCGUAUGCCACUCUUCUAUGUUGGCCGACAAGACUAUAUUCAAUUUGUGGCAGAUGUCCCUUCAAAUGGGUGUUUGCUUACGACUGUUCAGAGACGAGAUAUUUCAAACUCAUCACGAAGUACAGCAGUUUUUCGACUCUAUAAAGGGGUAUCAUAAACGAUCUCAAGAAGUUAAGGACUGCUAUUCAAUAGCUCUCGCCUCCAUUCAUGCUGAUCGUCGGAGGUUUCUUCGUACUGCUCUUCGUGAACUUUGUCUUUUCAUUAAAGACCAACCUGGUCUAUUAGGUCCCAAGAUUCUGUUUGUAUGGAUGGCGCUCUCUUUCACUAGAGAUGAAGUUUUAUGGCUUCUUCGCCAUCUCAGUGAGUGGCCUUCGUCGAACAAAAAAGGAAGUAAACAGUGUGAUGAGCUUGUGGAUCGUCAGCUACCUGAACUUCUUUAUUAUAUGCUUGAGUUGAGGCAGUUAGUGACGAAGCAUAGCGAUGUAAUUCAGCGGUAUUAUUUAAAGUACGUUAACGGUUACGAUGCCAUCAUGACCCGCGAAUUGGUAUCUGGCAUUGGCGACUUAAACGAAGAAGACGCAGUCAUGUUAUCUGAUUUCGCCGCUUCAAUAUCUUCAAUCAAUUCAGACACCGAUCUACGUGCUUUGCGUUUAGACUGGUUCCGAUUUCAGGCGAAGAUGAGCAUGGCAAGGUCUGCAUGUUCACUGCACAAAAACCGAAAAUUGGCUGUAAUCAUGAACACGAACGUUUUCCAUCUGAAAAUGAUCGAUCUACAGGAUGAGAUGCUUAAGGAGACCAGCGAUCUCAGCGUUUACUGUUUCUAUAUUAAAACCUUGGAAAAACAAUGGAAAAAUUGCCUCACCCUUCCUUCCCAAUCGAGGUUUGCUCUCUGUUUUGCCAGAAUAUGUGGGCACUUCAGUUCUGCUCUUCACGACAUGUGCCCUGAAGAAAAGAAUCAUAUUCUUGAGAAGUUUUGCUUACGAUUCCCACUGAAGCUCUAUGGAGGGGGAAAGUACUUUGUUACAGUUCCUUUGGAUAUAACUCGGCUGUUCAAUAACGUGCUACUUCAACAAACACAACCACUGGAUUCUCGCAACAAAGAAACGAUGACCUAUAUUUAUACGAAAUGGUAUUUGGAAGUAGUUUUGCGGCGUGCUUCUGCUGGUCACAUGCUGUGGAGUGAACACCUGCAGGCAAUGAUUUCGAGCGGGGAAGGAAACGACUUCGCACCAGAACAGUACACCGACCCAAGAGAACUGCGAUGCCUGGCUCAAAUCAUCGGUCCCUACGGAGUAAAAUACCUUGCAGAGAGGUUGACAUGGCAUGUCGCGAGUCAAAUAGGCGAAUUAAACAAAAUUGUUGUCGCAAAUAAAGAAGUUUUGCACACAGCGAGAACUCAGUUCGAUUGUAACGAACGUAUGAAAGAAGUCAUUCAAAUGCUUUCUCAUGAGCCAAAGGAGAAAAAAGUGACUGGAACCUCGGCCUCUGACGCGAUUCUUCAACGAACAGCAAUUAUUGGUCAAAUAUUCAGCUUCAGGGAUGCCUUACAAGUGGCAUUGGAACAGGUUUUGCUUAACCGAUUGCCUUUCCUGAUGUCCUCGUUUAUGAACUUGUAUAGCAGCAUGGACGACGCUGGCAAAUCGGCGCUAGGUGAAUUAGGUAAUGCUAUGGGUGUGCAAGGUCCUGUCGAUGUCGCCUUGGCGAACGCUGUGCGAGCGCAGAGUCUGCAGCUCAACCCUGACGAGCACUACCAAAUGAGCUGUUUGCUACUAGUUGCGAUAGCGAUCAGUCUUCCGAAAUUGGCACUCAAUGAAACAGCAACGUAUAAACCUAGUCUGCGAGCUAGCAUGAAUAAUACUCACUGUAUCCCGUUAGCUGUGAACACUAUUGCGGGUGCAUUGUUUCACUAUCAUGGGCGAGGAGACACUCACUUAAGAAUGAAGGAGUUUCUGGCGCUAGCAUCGAGUAGCGUGUUGAGGGCAGCUCAAGAAUUAGAUGGGCGGCAGGAUAUUGUGAGCAACCAAUCUGCGCUCUAUAUUCUACUUGAACAGUUUGUGAACAAAUGUCGUUGGUUAUCAAUGGACGUUUUGGAGGCUUGUUUCCCGUACAAUCUCGUAAGGACAGCUUACCAGCACUGCUAUCAGCAAGAGGCUGAUACCUUCCAAUGA